AUGGGGGGCAAAGGUGGUAGUGGUGGUGGUGGCAAAGGUGGUAGUGGUGGUGGUGGCAAAGGUGGAAGUGGUGGUGCAAAAGGUGGAGGUGGUGGAAACUCCAAAGGCUCAGGUGGCAGUGGCAGUGGUUCUGGGGGAUCCAUGAAAGCACCUGGUGGUGAUGGAUCAUACAUCUCACGUGGUGCAUUUGAGAGCAAUCCUCAGGGCUACUUUAGUGGUCUGCAUGCUUCGGAAAAGGGCAAUAAGUAGUGCUAUUAAUUUGUUCUAAUAUUGUG